GACAUAAGAAAGAAGAUAAUUAUGACAGUCGACAAUUUUGUAAACAAUAAAGUUUACUAAAUUAUUUUAUAGCAAAGUAUAUUAUAAAAAAUGAGUUCCUAAUUGUUUUGAAAUUAUAUGAAAAGUGCGUGAUUAUACAUAUGAAUAUGUAAAGUAAAAUUUGCAAAUGCAGUUAUAAUCAUUUGCAAUCAUUUAGAUCUGAAUAUGCUUUCAAGGAAAAACAAAGACUUGCGGACGAUAAAAGAAGGAGUAGUUGGGAAAUAUGUUAGAAAAGAUACCCCUCCAGAAAUGCCGAUUAUAAACGUGUGGACAACUGAACCUAAACGAAGAAACUCAAAUCAAAGAGCAUCCCUUUCAUCAACUAAUACAAUUUCAUCAGUUCCUAAUUCAAAUUCUACGUCUCAGGUAACAGUUCAGAAAUUCGGUAAUCAGAAAACUUUAAUAAGUGAUGUUGGUUUGGGAGCGCACGAGGGGAAAUAUACCCCAAGUGCUUCCGUUCCAGAUUUGGCUACAAGAUUUGCAAACCUCACUGUGGGGUUAACUAAUGAUCAAACAACUUUUUGUAACCCAGGAAUAAAUUCAUCUCAACCUAUUUAUUCAAACCAUUUAGUAGGAAGUAUGUAUACUGAUAAUUCUGCUAAUAACGCUAAUUACGUCGAAAUUGAUCAAAUAUACCCAUUUAAUCAAGAGAAUAGUUAUCAAGAAUCACAGUAUAACAGGACUAAUUCCCCUAUUUACCAAAAUACAAAUAAAAACUCAGUUUUAAAGGAUGCGACUGUAGAUUCUACACCAAUUUAUAGCAAUACAAAUUGUAAAAAUAUAGGAAAUUCAACACAAACAGUAUCCUACACGGAAUCUUUACCACUUCAAUCAAGACAUAGUUUAAAUAUAUCUGAAAACGUACAAGAACAAUCAGAAGAACUCCCGUUACCACCCGGAUGGUCAGUAGAUUAUACAUUAAGAGGUAGGAAAUACUACAUAGAUCAUAAUACUAAAACAACUCACUGGUCACAUCCGUUAGAAAGAGAGGGGUUACCUACGGGUUGGCAAUGCAUCCAAUCACCUGUUUAUGGAAUAUAUUACGUUAAUCAUAUCACUCGAAGAGCUCAAUAUGAACACCCCUGCUUAGUGCCGUGUUUUAAUUAUCAAUCAGAAUCAUAUCAGAGAUAUGUACCCCCCAGACCAACUCAUUUUCAAACUCACAGCGUUCUAGUACCCGCUAAUCCUUAUUUACUUGAGGAAAUCCCGCAUUGGCUUAAUGUUUAUUUUAAAACUAGCCCUGACUUAGAUCACAAGUUACGUUGGGACAUGUUCAGACUUUCAGAAUUGGAAUGCUAUAGUGCCAUGUUAACUAGACUAUACAAGCAAGAAUUGCAAAGUAUUGUUAUGAGAUACGAAUCCUAUAGAUCAGCGUUGAUGGUAGAAAUGGAGAAAUUUUGCCUAAAUCGAAAGAAUAGGUAGUUCAAAUGACUCAAUUAACACUGUUUCUUAUUUUAAAUUUUUUUUAUUCCAAAUAACAAUGUUAUUUAUUUUUUAAAGUUUACAUAAGUUCUACUUAACUUUGUGAUUAUAUUUUAUAAAAAAAAUUAUCCAUCUACUAAAGU